UACGCCGCGCAGACGUGUUGGCAAGUAGACAGUGCGGGUUUUAAAAAUAAUAUUUUUUUAUUUUACUUUGUGAAAGUUCGCAGUGAGGUGAUUUGUGUAUUUCUGUAAAAUGAUUAUUGUUUUUUAACAUCAAUCGUGUCCUGUGAUUUUUGAUCUUUGCAAAGAAGACAAAUCGUGAACAAUGACGAUGGACAAGCAGCUGGUAUGGGUGCGGGACCCAAACGAGGGUUUCCUGCUCGCCCGGCUGCAGGAGCUGAUGGGGGAGGAGGCAGACGUGUUCCCCGUAGACAAUAAGUACCCCAAACGGGUCGUCAGCUUUGACGACAUAUUCCCCGCAGGGGAUCCAGCCAAGGAUGUCGACGACAAUUGUGAGUUAAUGUUCUUAAACGAAGCGACUCUUCUGAAUAAUAUGCUGACGCGGUAUAAGAAACGCAAGAUUUAUACGUACGUCGCAAAUAUCCUGUUGGCUGUCAACCCAUACGAAGACAUUCCAGAUAUGUAUUCCCCAUCUACGAUUAAGAAGUACCACGGCAAGUCGCUGGGAGAGCUACCACCGCACGUGUUCGCUAUUGCCGACAAAGCAUUCCGUGAUAUGAAAGCUCUGAAGCAGUCACAAUCGGUGAUUGUGUCCGGAGAAUCAGGCGCUGGUAAAACAGAAUCAACGAAGUAUAUUCUCAAGUAUUUGUGUGAGUUGUGGGCGAAGGCAGCUGGGCCCGUGGAACAGAAGAUUUUGGAUGCCAAUCCAAUCCUAGAAGCUUUUGGAAACGCAAAAACGACACGUAACAACAACAGUUCUCGUUUUGGUAAAUUCAUGGAAGUACAUUUCAACAAUAAAUACCAAGUCGUGGGUGGUCAUAUAUCACAUUAUUUGCUGGAGAAAUCCCGUAUUUGUACGCAAAGUAGUGAAGAACGUAAUUACCACGUGUUCUACUUGCUAUGCGCGGGCGCACCGCAGGAGUUGAGGGCGGCGCUUAAGAUUACCAAGCCUGAUGAUUAUACGUAUCUGAAGAAUGGGUGUACGCAGUAUUUUACAACGGCUCAAUCCGGGAAGAAAAUAAGUGCCUCUCAAAUGAGCAAGCAACACCAGACAAAAGGGAGUCUAAGGGACCCAAUACUGGAUGAUGUGGAAGACUUCCAGAGGCUACAUUCGGCGCUAUCAAGAGUAGGUCUAUCGGAAGAAGAGAAGAGGUCAGUUUACAGUGUGGUAGCGGCCGUACUCCAUCUCGGUAACGUAGAGUUCGAGGAAGAAGGCGGAGCCAGGGGUGGCUGCAGGGUCUCUCCUCACAGUGAAGGUGAACUUCAGGUGGCUGCCGGCCUUCUUGGAGUGGAAGCUGGGGAACUGAGGAUGGCUUUGGUCUCCAGAUUGAUGCAGAGCUCUAGAGGAGGAAUGAAGGGCACUGCUAUUAUGGUCCCACUAAAAACCUACGAAGCGCAAAAUGCCCGCGAUGCCCUGGCUAAAGCGGUGUACAGCAGACUGUUUGACUUCAUAGUGCACAGGAUCAACACCAGUAUCCCGUUCCAGGCCUCCUCCUAUUACAUUGGAGUCCUCGACAUCGCUGGAUUUGAAUACUUCCAAAUGAACAGCUUCGAGCAAUUCUGUAUUAACUACUGCAAUGAGAAGCUCCAGCAAUUCUUCAACGAACGUAUCCUGAAGAACGAACAGGAACUCUACCGUCGCGAGGGUUUGCACGUGCCCGAGAUACGAUUCGUGGAUAACCAGGACUGUAUCGAUCUAAUCGAGAGCAAGAAUCACGGCAUAUUCCAUAUCUUGGAUGAAGAGUCCAAAUUACCGAAGCCCGAAUUCGGACAUUUCACUCACGCAGUGCACAAGGAGCUCGGAGCUAACAAUAGCAGAUUGCAGGUGCCUCGCGCGUCCCGUUUGAAAGCCCACAGGACUCUAAGGGAUGAUGAGGGAUUCCUGUUGAGGCAUUUCGCGGGUGCGGUCUGCUAUAAUACGAACCAAUUCAUAGAGAAGAACAAUGACGCCCUGCACGCGUCUCUAGAGUUUCUCAUCCAGGAGUCGCGUAAUGCCCUCGUCCAGCAGUUGUUUGAGACGACAGACAAUAAUAACGCCAAGGGGAAGUUGAACUUCAUCUCCGUCGGCGCUAAGUUCCAGAGUCAAUUGUCACAACUUAUGGACAAGUUGAAGGAAAAUGGCACAAACUUCGUUCGUUGCAUAAAGCCAAAUUCGCGUAUGGUUGGUGGGGAAAUUGAGGGCUCCCUAGUGCUGACUCAGCUGCAAUGCAGCGGGACCAUAUCAGUGCUGGCCUUGAUGGAGCACGGAUAUCCUUCGAGGGCGCCUUUCAACGAUCUUUACCAGAUGUAUCGGCAAUAUUUGCCGCCGAAAUUGCAGACUCUGUCUCCGAAGGUGUUCUGUCAGGCCAUAGUCCACAGCUUCGGUCUAUCGGACAGAGACUACAAGUUCGGUGUGACACGCGUGUUCUUCCGGCCAGGGAAGUACUCGGAGUUCGACACCAUGAUGCGGUCGGACCCUGAGAACCUCAAGUCCAUAGUGGAUGCGGUUCUGGCUUGGCUCGUCAAGUCACGCUGGAGACGAGCGGUCUUUUCUGUCCUCUCCAUUAUUAAGUUGAAGAACAAAAUCCUCUAUCGCCGCGAAUGCCUUGUAACAAUUCAGAAGUCGGUCCGCGGUUACUUGGUGAGACGAGCUCAUCGUCCGAGGUACAAGGGCAUCGCGAAGAUACGGGAACUGGAGAACAGUUUGACAGAGAUGGAUAGCGUCACGGCGCAGCUGAAGAAAGAGAAGGACAGCGCCAAGAAGAAUAUCGAGAAUUUGAGGAAUAGUAUACGGAACGCUUGCGCUACUAUUAAGAGUAACGAGAAAAUCAGCCGAACAGAGAUAGACCAAUUGUACAAUAAACUGACGAAGGACGUAGAGGCGCAAAUGGCCGCUCUGCAGAAGUCCAUGGUGGAUCAGAAGAACAGAGAAGAACAAGAGAGGCUUAGACGUAUGGAAGCGGAACUGCGUCUUGCGGAAGAAGUCAAACGGAAAGAGGCUGAACGCAUGAAACAAGAGGAAGAUAAUAGGAGACUUAAAACGGAAAUGGAAGCGCGUCGUAAAGCGGAAGAAGCGGAACGUAUACGUUUGGAGGAGCAAGACAGACGCGCUGCAGAAAUACUUCAGAAGCAGCUGGAAGACGCUGCCAAGGCCGAUCUUGAGAAUCGAGAAAGAUUGGAACAAGAGCGCCGUGAUCACGAAAUGGCCGUGCGCCUUGCGAAGGAGACCAACGGACACGUUGAGGGCUCACCGCCACAAUUGAGAAGUUUCCCAACAAUGGACUCAGUGAACGGAGAAAAUAAAUUGAACAGGUCGGAACGCGUGCGAAUGCAACAAGCAAUGCAAGGCAAGCAAAAGUAUGACCUGUCUAAGUGGAAGUAUUCGGAAUUACGUGACACUAUUAAUACAUCCUGCGAUAUCGAGCUUUUGGAGGCUUGCCGCCAUGAGUUCCACCGUCGCCUCAAGGUGUACCACGCUUGGAAGGCAAAGAACGCCCGCAAAAGCACUAUGGCUGACCAAGAGAGGGCCCCACAGUCUAUAAUGGAUGCAGCAAAAAGCCCCCGAAUCCAGCAAAAGGGCGAGAUCUUAGGCGCCAGACACCGCUACUUCCGCAUCCCGUUCGUCCGAGCUGGUGACGGGGCCAACGACAAGCGUGGAUGGUGGUACGCGCACUUCGACGGACAGUACGUCGCGCGACAGAUGGAGUUGCACGCGGAUAAGACGCCCGUACUGCUGCAAGCUGGUAUUGACGACAUGCAAAUGUGCGAGCUAAGUCUAGACGAGACUGGUCUGACGCGUAAACGCGGUGCAGAGAUAUUGGAACACGAGUUUGAGAGGGAGUGGGCGCGUCACAACGGACCGCCAUACAGGCCUACGCACUAGGGUACAAGUUAGUAAUGAGGUACAAAAUUGAGCUUUUCCAUGUGCCUUUCUGAUAGUGCAAUAUUUGGUCCACGAGACUGAUCAUAAGUACACAAUUUAGACAAGUAGCAGAAUAUAUCCUAGAAAAAUCAGUUAUACACCAUGUACUUUUACAAAUAAUCUUUGACUUAUCUUUUCAAAAACUUUCCUUCUAUUUGUAUCUUCGAGUCUCUAUUGACUGGCCAGUUAGGAGAUGUAACGUGUGUGCUUCAGUCAAUUGUAAACAACUUGUCAUAUGUCAGACUUUUGACAGACGGAAUAAAUUAGUUGAAAUUACGUUACCUGUAUCUUGACCGUAAAUAAAAAAUAAUAUUACACAUUCCAUACAUAUUUUUAUGAUCGCAUUGUCGCUAUUUUAAUGUUUAUUUCUUUAAAACACAGAUGGCGCCAUCUUUGUGAGUGAUAACUUCUUUUCAGUAUUCAUAGGUUGCUUUUUACUAGUUUGCUCAUAUUGUGUGUAUUUUUACUUAAUUUUUAUUGACUCUGUCAACGUCAAGUAUGUCUUAGUGAAACAUAGAUUUAGAAUACGUAUUGCUUUUGUAAAUAUUUUUCUUGUCACAUGAAAUCAUAAGAAAAGUAUCGGAACUUAGAAAUAUUAUUUAUAUAACAUUAUUUUUUCUUUAUACACGGUAAUAUAUUAUAUUUACAAAAAAAAAUAGUUGUACGGCAUAAUUUUUUGGUAAAUUCACAUUUUAUCAACAUUCCAACUGAGGUUUUAUACAUUCUAAAACAGUAUUUGUAACAGUAUUUACAUUCCUAACGAUGACAAUUUUCUUUUAUAAAAUGUUGUUAAAAGUACAAUAUAAAGAGUGCCUUUUAUGCAAAGUAGACUAUGAGUUUGUUUACGUGUUAUGCUUUACCAAAUAAAUAUAAGAUUGUACUGA